UGGCAGCCAACUUACUUAGAAAAUACACACGAGCCGGAGCUUCUAUGCACGUGUGUUUUGCGUCGAUAGUCUGCAGUUUGUCAAAACGGUAUUGAGUUCACUAAAAAAUAAUGAGAAUCGAUAAUUGAACUUUAUGAGAACCAUAUUCAAUUUUGAGAUCUAAGUAAAUAACAAUCAAGGCAAGAUGCCUGUGAUCGAGAGAGUUAUAAAACCCAAAACACACAAAGGAAAAAAGGCUAUCCUUAGUAGAGAGCCUAAAAUAAUCGAAGACACAAAGCAGACGCUUUUCGUGAAAGGACUCAAAACAACACCAGCUUUGCAGCAGUGCAUGAAAGAUUUGUACCUUUUGAAAAGGCCAGAAGGUAAAUUAUUACACAAACGAAAUGCGAUACAUCCAUUUGAAGAUGCAACACCAAUUGAAAAUUUUGGCAGAAAAUUGAAUGCAUCUUUGUUUAUGAUGAUUUCGAAUAGCAAGAAGAGGCCUAAUAAUCUUGUAAUGGGCAGACUGUUUGAACAUACUUUAAUGGAUAUGGUGGAAUUUGGAGUUGAAAAUUACACAGCAUUAUCAAAAUUCAGAGUUGAAAAAAUUCCUAGUGGGAUAAAACCUAUGCUGGUAUUUCAGGGAGAAUUAUUUGAAAAUAAUCAUGAAUAUGUGAGGAUUAGAAAUUUAUUAGUUGACAUGUUUCAAAGGGAAAAAGUUGAACAAAUAAGACUGCAAGGUUUGGAGCAUGUUUUGAGUUUCACAGCUCAUGAGAACAGCAUACUCUUCAGAAGUUAUAAAGUAAUGUUGAAAAAGUCUGGUACCAGAAUACCAAGGAUCGAAUUGGUAGAAAUUGGACCACGUAUGGAUUUGAGGGUGAGAAGGAACAAACUUGCUACUGAUGAUCUGUUUAAACAGGCUUGCAAGAAACCAAAGGAACUGAAGGUUAAGAAGAAGAAGAAUAUUACUUCAGACAGUUUAGGAACAACACAUGGUAGAAUACACAUGGGUGCUCAAAAACUAAAUACCAUACAGACAAGAAAAAUGAAAGGUUUACGCAAAACCUUAGCAGAAAGAAAAGCUGAAAAGAAGAGAAAGAGUCUGGGUGCAGAAAGUGCAGAUGAAAGCUCUAAAAAGUUAAAGGUUGCAGAAGAAAAUGUGAAUUAGAUUAAAUUUUCGUUUUGUACAAUAGAUAAUAAACUUUAUUUACAUAAAUUACAAAA